AUGAAUCUUUCAAAAUAUGAUGGGAAUAUACACCCAGAUGAAUGGAUAGAUGAUAUUCAAACUCAUUUCGAUAUAAUAGAGAUAAUUUCUGAAUUUCUUUUGGAGAUUUUCGAUUCCAAGAUUUGA